AUGCUCGGAUCCGCAUUCUCGCAUGGUAUCCCGGCCAUAUCGCACAUGUCCAAGCUCUUCAUGGCGCAGGGCCUGGUUCCGAGAGGUGGUUGGUGUAGUGAUGGCAGCUCGUCCAGGGCGAUCGACCACGAGAUUGAGGCGGGGUGGUGGGAGCCCGGCCCCUGCCCAAUGUUCCAGCGGGCCAGUUCUCAGUUGGUGCGUACCACAGUACCACGCACGCCUGCAGGCCCCAAGCCCGGCGUAGUGGGGCUCAAGUGCCGCGUUGAGGCCUGCUCCACAGCAUGCCUCUCCGAGAUUUCGGCGAACGCGGCUCCGAGCGGCGAGAUUAGCCCAAAGGGCCACGUCGAUCAGGCGGGCGGCGCGUGGACGGGUGGCCUAGGGGCCUGCCAGCCUGGCAGGCCCCUGGGUGGCCCGGGUGGGAGGUAG